UGACGAGGAGACACUUUGAGAUCCGAUGAUCAAGAGCGAGGCGCACGAGGGAGUUUGGUAUGGGAUCGAUGCGAAGGAGCGAGAACGCAUCCUGUCCCUGGCGCCAAUAUGGGCAGGCUGGAUUGGUGCACAGCUCGACAAGACGAGUUUACGAUGUUGGGGCUUCGAAAAGGACAUGAGUAGAUGGCAAGCAACCUGUGAAGUGAUCGUAUGACAAAUGUACGACAUCUUGUAAUACAUCAGUACGGUGGCGAAGACGCAGUCGUUACUCACGGGUGUCGGCAGCUGAUCGACUGGACAUGGCGACAAGCCGAGAAAGAAGGCGCCGAGCUCAUCUUAGACUCCAAGGUGACGCAGAUUGCGCGGCAGAACGACGACGAUGACAGUCCCUUUGCCGUUCAAGCUGUCUCAUUGCAAGGCGACCAGAUGAAAUUCCACAGCGACUUUGUCAUCUGCAGCCUUCCACUGGGUGUCCUUCAAAAAGAAGCGCCAGCAUUCAAACCACCACUACCGCUUCGAAAACAAGGAGCCAUCGAGCGCCUUGGAUUUGGCCUGCUCAACAAAAUUGUCCUUACGUACUCUUCGCCAUGGUGGAGAUAAGACAUCAGCAACCCACAAGCAGAUGGCUGGUAUUUUGACCUGCCGUCGCCGGCUCUCUCGCCUUCCUCCUCUCCCCCCGCUUCAA